AUGUCCCAGUACAAGAUGACUGUGCAGCAAGACCACAAGCCUUCCACUGAACCUGAACAGGGAACACAGAGUCCGAAUCUGGAGGACUGCCUGAAACUGCUGAAAGGAGAGCGAGACGAACAGCGUCUUGCUGGUCUUCUUCUGGUAACCAAGUUCUGCAAAGCUGAGGAUCACCCCUCACUUCGGAGGGUGUAUGAUGCAGUUGGCCCUCGCUUUCUGUAUCGACUUCUCAGAACUGGUAUGGGAAGUGACACCAAUGGGAAUCGGGAUGCAUAUUUAAGCCUAUCCAUCACGGUUCUUGCUGCAUUUUGUCGCGUUCCGGAUAUUGCUUCCUCGGAGGACAUGGUUUUGAAUAUCCCACUUGUGUUGGAAGUUAUAUCUACCCAGUCCGGCUCAUCAGUUCUUCAAGAAUGCUAUGAGUUUUUAUACUUAGUAUCAGCUGCAUCCGGAAAUGGAAUCACAAGAUUUUGUGAAUCUGGAGGCAUCAAGGUACUUGCUUCUCAAAUGCAUACUCUACAAGACGGUUCACAUCUGAUGGAAUUAUCUUUUAAACUUCUGCAAUUGAUUCUGAGUAGGAUGUCCUUGGACAUAAUCCAGAAUAAUGACUUAUCUGACAUCUCAGUUAUUAUGGCAGCAAUAGCAAGGCUGUUUGCUGUCUUGCACAAUUCCUUGAAAUUUGAAGCUCUCCACUUACUAAAUGCCAUUCUUACCUCAAAAGAUUCAUCACAACUUCGUCAUGCCUUACAAUUACUUCCUCAAGAUAACUGGUCACUUAAUAUCCGCAUUGGGAUAAGGGCUAUUUUGCAGAACCGUGUUGCUCCUGCUGAAAGGCUGCAGGCUCUCAUUUUAGCUGAGUCUAUGGUUUCCAUGUAUGGAGAAGAUUGGUUGGUUAGCCAAGUAAACACAAAUGAUGCACAAGAUCCAGUUUCAGCUGACAUGUGUCUGUUGCUUGUCUUGGAGCAGUCAAGGGUUGAAAUUGCUGUUCUUCUGAAUGAGUUGGCCUAUCUAAAAUAUGAAGCCCCUCAGGAUACUUCAGCUACUGCUCAAGCAAUUUUUUCAAAGCGACAUAAUGUUGCUGUUGCUUACUCUUUGGUUGAGAAGAUAAUAAAAUUAAUAUCAAAUGUUGAGGAAACUGAUGGAGACCUCCUUGAUGAAGGCACAUUGACAAAGCUGAUUCUUCAGCUUAAUGAGACAAUCAUGGUUGUAUUAGAGUAUUUGGAAGACGCAAAGAUUGAAGGAUGCAAAGCUUUGGCUUCAUGUAAAGGACCUGAGGCUGUUUUAGAUUGCUUCAGUAAAUUAGUUGGGUCAAAUGCUUUUCUUGAGGAUAAUGGUUGCAUCUUUUUGGCGUGUGAUACAAUAAUGAACCUACUACUGAAGAAAGACAAAGUGUCGAUGAUGUUGGAUGAGUCAGCUAUUGUUCAUCUUCUUAAAGCAUUAGCUUAUUGGUCAGACAACACUGAUGAAAUGUCAAGUAUGAUGAUGGCUUCAAGCAUUUGUGCACUGGUAUUUGAUUAUACAUCAGAAGAGGCUCUUUUGAAUCGACCUGGUUUUAACUAUAGCACUCUUAACAGUCUUUAUCUACUCAUUGCAAGAUGUCUGACUUCAUCAGAACAGCAUUGUACAAUCCUACAAGUUUUGGGCAGGUUCACUAGAAAAUGCUAUUGUGAUGGUGUGCUGUGCAGACCAUCCGGUUACCUGCUUCUCACGGUUGCCAUGGUUAUGAGUCUUGAGUUGCAGAUUAAGCAUGGCAGAGGUGAUGAGAUUUUAGAUACUAAAGAGGACAUGGAUCUUUCGGAGAUUGUCUCUUCUGGUGAUUAUGCUUCUCUCGAUGGUCUCAUCGGUACCCCCAUAUCAGAGAGGUUGCCAAGAACUGAUUUUGAUCCUCUUAAUCUGGAUUUGUUGUUGAUGGAUGUUUCAACUUUCAAGGUUGGGUUCAUGGGUCAUGAGGUUUAA